AUGCCUCCUAGCAUCCCUUUGCCACCCUUAUCGAUACCUACGUAUCUGCAGCUAGAAUUGGCUGCAGACCGACCCUCCCCCCUGUACAUCUAUCGUCCUGCCACGAGCGAUUUCCCAUACGAAUCAGCUAGAAUUAAAUACGAGCGACUUCUAAACUUUCUACUACUUCCUCCUCAAUUAGAGCAAACCAUUGUCUUCGGCUUUUUCGCAUGUCUAGACGCCUGGCUAUAUUCCUUUACGAUUCUUCCUCUGAGAUUCUUCAAAGCGCUAUAUGUGCUAGCGGACUGGAUGGUCAGGACGAUAAUCAAAGAAUUCAAAGAUAUCGGUAGCUUCAUUUACUGGGGCAUAGAGCCGCGCCAUGAAAUUACACUGCCUGAACAGUCGCGGAGAUCAAGCCGAAGCUCAACAUUUAGGCAUAGAAGGACGAAGUCUAAGCCAUCACUUCUUAUGCCUACACACAAGGCAGACAUAUUGAAAGGCCUUUUGGUCAUAGCGAGCUGCUUCAUACUCAUGCGAUUAGAUGCCAGUAGAAUGUAUCACUCUAUUCGAGGUCAGGCAGCAAUCAAACUGUACGUGAUCUACAAUGUACUCGAGGUAUGUGACCGUCUGUUUUCGGCUCUAGGUCAAGACGUGCUCGAAUGCCUCUUUUCAAGAGAAACCCUCGAACGCAACCCGGAUGGCCGAAGCAAAAUUCUCCGACCGUUCUGGAUGUUCCUCCUCGCCUUGAUUUAUAACGUAAUCCACUCGACCGCCCUUUUUUACCAAGUCAUCACUCUCAAUGUGGCUGUCAACUCAUACUCAAACGCUCUUUUGACACUGCUCAUGUCUAACCAAUUCGUUGAGAUUAAGGGAACAGUGUUUAAGAAGUUCGAAAAGGAGAACUUAUUUCAGAUGACAUGUGCCGACAUCGUGGAACGCUUUCAAUUAUCUUUGAUGCUGUCGAUCAUCGUCCUACGGAACGUGUUCGAGGUUGGUGUUCUCGGUUUGAACUCCAGUACAGCAGGUACUGGGUCAGCCUUUAGCAGCAAUGCCACUACUGCUAGCUUCAAGGGCUCAAGCAUUAUCCCAAAGAGCUUCACUGUGUUCCCAAAUAUCGGCGGGCAGGUCUUCGGCCCGUUUCUGCUCGUUUUAGGCAGUGAAUGCUUAGUCGACUGGCUCAAGCAUGCUUAUAUCACGAAGUUCAACAACACCAAGCCCGCUGUAUAUGGCAGGUUCUUAGAUCUUCUUGCCAAGGAUUACUAUUCUCACGCUUUCGCAGAUCAAAACCUUACGAAGCGCCUCGGACUACCUGUCCUGCCUCUGUCUUGUCUAUUCAUCCGUGCAAUAGUCCAAACAUACCGAAUGUUCAUCGAAACUCACAUGCCCAUUCCCCUCGCGUCGACUGUCACCGGCCUUACAGCCGAGUCCGCAUCAACGAGCUCGCCUGCUACAACAGCUGCUUUGGCCCAUAUUGACCAGGUAUUCCGCCGCGCUCUUGGACGAUCAUCCUUUGGUGCUGGCAUGGGUGAUGUAACAUCGAGUUUUAGUUGGUGGUCGAUGGAUGACCUCAUUGCAUUCGCUACGAUGUUGGUCGUGUGGCUACUUGCGUGGUUUGUGCUGCUGUCAAUCAAAUUGGUGCUCGGGAUGCUUCUUUUGAGCUUUGCACGGAAGCGAUAUACGCGGAUGAAAGAAAAGGAGAGAUUGGCUGUAGAUACAGGGGGCAAGAGAAUUGGCGGAUGGGGUGUGGUGGAGGUUGACGAUGAUAAGAGGCGAUGGGUGUACGUCGAAGAUAAAGAGGGGCUACAGAAACUAAGGGACAGGGACGCCAGGGUGAGAGAAAAUGAAGAGAAAGGAUGGGAUGGGAGCGAAUUGAAUGGCGUCAGUAGGUAUUCUAUGGUCGCUAAGAGAAUAUGGUAGCAUUCUAUUCAGCUUUAGGCACAUGCCUG